GCGGUGUGCAUUCGCCAGGUGUAUAAUGAGGAAAAGGAAGUCUCCGGAAACCUCCCCUAGCAUUCCAGGAGGCGAAAGCUAUGCACUGCGCAGAGGCUGGGAAGGCUUUAAUUAAAUUCAACCACUGUGAGAAAUACAUCUACAGCUUCAGUGUGCCCCAGUGCUGCCCUCUCUGCCAGCAGGACCUGGGCUCGAGGAAGCUGGAGGACGCACCUGUUAGCAUCGCUAAUCCAUUUACUAAUGGACAUCAAGAAAAAUGUUCAUUCCUCCUCAGACCAACUCAGGGGACAUUUCUUAGGGAGUAUGAUGGAAGGUCUGAUCUUCAUGUUGGAAUAACUAACACAAAUGGGGUUGUGUAUAAUUACAGUGCACAUGGUGUCCAGCGAGACGGAGAAGGGUGGGAAGAGAGCAUAAGCAUCCCAUUACUGCAGCCCAACAUGUAUGGAAUGAUGGAGCAAUGGGACAAGUACCUGGAAGACUUCUCCACCUCGGGGGCCUGGCUGCCUCACAGGUAUGAAGACAACCACCAUAACUGCUACUCUUACGCACUCACGUUCAUUAACUGCGUUCUGAUGGCAGAAGGUAGACAGCAACUGGACAAGGGUGAAUUUACAGAGAAGUACGUGGUCCCGCGGACAAGGCUGGCAUCCAAGUUCAUCACACUCUACCGGGCGAUACGGGAGCAUGGCUUCUACGUCACUGACUGUCCCCAGCAGGAGGCACAUGAGGGCGGCGGUUUGUGCUGAGAGCUAUGUAAGCGCAGCCUGGACGCUGGAGGGUAGGGUGGUUGCUACCUUUAAUCAGUACUAUGGAUUUCUAAAUGCAUUUAACUGUGGUUAAUAAAAACGUGUAUGGGCCAGG